AUGCUGCCGAAUAAUGAGGUUCGCGUUCCCCGUCCGCGGGUCGGGCAGCCCGCAGUGCCGCGCGACAUUACAGCUGAGUUUACGGAAGCUGCCUCAAAAUUGAACACUGGACAACUCGUGAAAGAUGAGGCGUUCACGCUAUUCGAAGCCGUGGGCGCAUUGGAGAUCAUGGAUUCGAAGAUGGAUAGCGGCUACAUAGCCCCUGGAGAAAAUCUGGAGCAGGCGCUGGAAGACGACUAUGAUGUGCGGCAGCCAUUGGCGCCAGAAGAAAUCGUGGGCUUGAUGGAUCAGCUGCUAUGCCAUGAGGUGGCAUGGCAUAAGGGCCACCCUCUUUCGCAAACCCUGUUUACAUCAAUUUAUCUCGACAGACUAUUGUGGCCAGUGCCAAGAACUAUAGAGGAUGCUAGGUUCGACCGUGUACCAAGCGACUCGCCUAUGAUCAGCCUUGUACUACGAGCUUAUUGUCUUGCAUUGGUCAAAGCAUGUGAUCUUGUCCAUGCCCGAGUGGCCACUGAAUACUAUUACGAAGAAGAGGACUUUGUCAGUCAUCUAUACAACCGCAAUCUGCUUUCUGCAUUUGAUCUGUCCCACUUUCAUCGUCUGCUGGACCAGGCGACUGCCUGGGUCGCCGAACAAACCGACAUCGACCAGAAUCUCAAAGAAGCUAUUCGUUGCAGACUUGCAUUCCGCCAUCAAUUCCUGUCUGCGUUAGAUCAAGAUCUUGAGGUCCUUGAAACGAGAUCUACGGAGAAUUUCGAGUCUUGUCUGUCUGAACUCGGACCUCUAACGCAAUCAGUCUCACUGGGGAAGCCAGUGCCAGAAGCCUUUAGCUUGAAAAUCCAGCGAAAGUUGGCUAGCACAGUACCCCCUCGCCCGAUGGUUCAUCUAAGCUCUGAUGAUGCGCUGGCACAUCUCAAGCGAUUGUGCCAAGACGCAAUAGAUAUGCAACAGAUGCUUGACUACACCGGCCCAAAUAACUUCAAGACCGCUGUGUGGACUCUGCUGUCUCGAAAGCCGCAACCGUCGAUCUACAUCAGAUGUCUUCUCCAAGCAUUGAUUGUCUGCAAUUUUAACAUCCUUGGGACGGUUCCUGUCAAGGAUUUCUUAUAUGGAGAGCUGGCGGAAUUGGUUCUUCCUGCUAGUGUACUGCUUGAGGCAAACAUUGACGAGGUUGAAGUCCCAUCCGACCCUCGCUUCCAGAUUGCGCAGAAGAUGGAUGGCUUCGUGAAGCGAUUCUCCCAGCCAUUUGUUGAUACAGUAAGAUGCGCCUGCCUCAAUCGCUGUCGCCUUCGCCGAACACUCUGCCACACUAUUCUUGACUGGGACAAUUUGCAGAUGGAGGCCGAGGAACUUGAUCUAGAGCUCCGUGUGCUGAGCGCAGAGCCACCAAUGCAUCUCACAGGUGGCGAACCCACCUGGUCCUUCCCUCUGAGCAGUUGGGCCUAUCACCAAAAGCUUGUUCAUUUCCGACUCAUCAUUCAAAUGGGCUUCGAGUUGUCGAUUUACUCCCCAGAAGAAUUGCCCGGAAUGUAUUGGUAUCUGUCCCAUAUUGCCUCCACGCACCUUGGUCACAUCGACCGCAUUCGCACAUUUACUGUGGCCGCGCGCAAACGCGAUCUGAUGACUCCAGACCCCCGGGCUGGGAAAGCCGCUCAGAAGGCAUCUGCGUUCCAUCGGUCGUUCCACACACUGGAGCGACUCACGACGCACAUCAUUGGAGUCGAUGCCUUUGCAAUUGCUCUCCAUGCCUUGUAUGUGGUGUUGGCUCGGCAUAAAAUUCUUCCUACGGCUUCCUCUCCUCAAGCAUAUUCUACCGACAGGUUGCGGUAUGAAAUCCGCAUGAAGCCAUUUAUUCCGAUCACGUUGCCUGAACUGGUACCGUAUGAUGACUACCAGCGCGAGGCUGCGCUGGAAGGAGACUCGGACGCCACAGUCUUGGAGCGCGCCUCCAAGGCGAUUGCCGAAGCCCGAAAGGCUUGGGAAGGUACUCUUGCUAAUGGGGCUUUCAUCGAAGAUCCAUCCGGCCCCAGCUCGGUCAACCCCAAAGCCAUUCAGGAGGACUGGAACCGUGACGCCAAGGACAUUAUGCGUGCGUGCAUUGGCACCAGUCUUGCUAUUGAGAUGGUCAAAAAGGGGUUGGCUGCCGCGAAUGGCAAGGCCCUUGACUUGGAAGUGACUGUCCCCGAGGUUGGUACCAAAGCUCGUUGGCAUGAUUGGUGGGUGGUACCGCAAGUCUCGGAGAAGAAGAAGGCUUGA